UCCCGUGCGUUCCGCUGCAUUUUUUUGUUCCCUAAGUUAAAGUUGUACGUCAACUGCGUAAGCCGCUGGAUGUAUCUACGCCCAACUCUGCUGCUAGUUUUCGGUCACUCUUCUUCAGACAGACAUGGAGCCUCCGGACUUCGAAGCUAUGAACUUUACGGUGGAGCAGGUGUCGUCCACGUACCCGCUGUGUGAGGAGUGGAGGGAGGGCGCGGAGGGCGCCGUCUUCCACCUCGCCAACAUCUUCCUCGUCUUCGGCUUCAUGGGCGGCAGCAGCUUUUACGGACUCCUCUACCUGUUCACCUUCCUCACUCUGGGCUUCUUCUGCACCACCGUGUGGGCUUGGGCGGACCCCUGCACCACCGACUCGUUCUUGUGGAGUUUCGCGCUCUUCGGCGUCACUUUGGGGCAGGUGCUCCACGUCGCCUACCGUCUGCGGAGCGUCUCCUUCGACACGGACUUCCAGGAGCUUUACCAGUGCGUGUUUCAGAAGCUCGGAGUGUCGCUCAGCCUGUUCGGGAAGAUCGUGUCCUGCUGCGACGGAGUCGUCCACACUUUAGAAGCGAACCACUGCUUCGCCGUAGAGGGAAAAACCGCCAUCGAUAAGCUGUCGGUGCUGCUUUCCGGCAGAGUGCAGGUGACGGUAAAUGGAGAGUUUCUGCAUUACAUCUACCCAUUCCAGUUUCUGGAUUCACCUGAAUGGGACUCUCUCAGACCAGCAGAGGAGGGCAUCUUUCAGGUGACUCUGCGUGCUGAUAACCCCUGCCGGUAUGUGGCGUGGAGGAGGAAGAAACUGUACCUGCUUUUUGCUAAGCACCGCUACGUCGCCAAGAUUUUCGCCCUGGUUGUGCGCAAUGACAUUGCAGAGAAGUUGUACUCCCUGAACGACAGGGCUCUCAACAGGUCCGGCUUCCGCUAUGAUCUCCGCUUACCAAGUUACUGCCACAUGCCAGCGACCGAAUUAGAAAAAGCAGGUGUCCUGCAAGUGCCAGUGCAGGGGGGAAGAACCGCCUGAUUCACACACACACACACACACACACACACACACACACACACACACACUCUGCUCCAAGCUUUAAACACUUGGAAGUGACUCAGUGUGUGCAGCAAUGUAAUGUAAAUAUAGUUUUAUUUAAGUAGGGCAAAGUAAGAGUGAACCAUUUAGGGAAAGUAGGUUUCAACUGAACUAAUCUCAUACUGUAUCUGCAUAUUAUCAUUAGAUCUCAAUAUAUCACGUAGUUAGAUGGAGCAGGCAGACCUGUCACCAGUCAUGCUGAGUCAGGUCAAGAGAAUACUCGCAAGGAACUGCUUUGAUACAUGAGAACAGUGCCUCAUAACGGAUAGCCUAUUAAAUCCAUAGGCAACACCGUGGUAGCCUAAUUCUGUAAGUGUGGGAAAGAUAGCAGGAGCAGGCUACACUGACAAAAUGCAACUGAUACAUCCCACCCAUUCCCUCUGGCCCAAAGCUCCACCCCCC